UGGGAAGGGCUGUCUGGAGAAAGUCUUUGCCAGAACUGUUUGAGGACCAUGAGCAAAUUCAAGUGAUGGAAAAUCCUGCAUUUCUGGGCCUGGGAGGGUCCCCAGGGUGCUGCUGCGUCCCCAGCACAUGUCCCCCUGUCACAGGAGCCCUCUCUGAGGUCACAAUGGUUGGGCUCUACAUGUUCCUCCUGGGGCUGGUGCUGCCCCAGUUUCUCAUGGCUUUUGCCUGGAGGAGCAGUGUGUCGAUCCGGGGGAUCCUGCUGCCCAUGCGGAGGAUGAGAGCGCUCAUAGCUCUCUGCCCAUGCGUGCGUUCCCAGUCCAGACCUGCGCGUUCUGAGGACGGAGGCAGGGUGACGGGGACUGUCCCUGCGGCCGUCACGACCUUUGUGGCCGUCGGGACUUCUCUGCUAAAGCGACUGCAAGACCAUGAGGGUGACCGAGUGGAGACGUACCGGGAGCUGGAGAGCGUCUUGUGGGGAGACGACGGCUGUUUGACGAGUGGCGUUGUGAACCGCCUGAUAGCAGAGGCAUUGAGUGACAUGCGAGCAGCCCAGGGUGUGACAGGCGACGUGAAGAUGGCCGCUAGCGACGUCCUGGUAGCUCUGGCCCGCUCCCACUUCCACUUUGUCAUGUCCGAGCUCCAGAGCCAGCUGAAGGCCAUGAGGAAGGUCCCUGAUGAGAUUGUGCUCCUCACCUUGGGCAAAAUGGCCCGCAGAUAUGCCCUGCGGUGCAUCCCCUUUGCGGGAAUGACGCUGCUCGCCCUGCGCGCCGUGCUGACCCAGGUGGGGAGCGGCGAGGUCCUGCAUGCCGUCUGCAGUGUUCUGGAGCAAUGGUCGAAAGGAGUCAAUACAUACUUCUGCAGCUGGGAGCAAUGCCCCUUCCCUCGCAAGGGGGUGGCACAGUUCUGUGAAGCCAUUUACCCGGUCUUCCGCUAUGUGGUGGCAAAUUGGCUGGACUGCAAGGAGGAAGAGGACAAGCAGGCUGUCCUCGGGGCAGUGGCUGCCAUGCUGGGGGUCCUUCUGCAUGAGGAGCAGCACCGAGAGCAUACCUGGGAGCAGCUCCUCUGGCUCCUGCAGCAAUACCAGGAGGUCCGAGACACCUCCCGGGUCACCAAGAGCCUCAGCUAUGUCCUGGACAUACUGGAGGGAGUUCAGACCCCAAUCCCGCAGGGCACGGCUCUUGCCAUCAGCACCGCUGUGCACCGCCAGCUCUCUGAUGUGACCGAGGAGACUGGCCUGGCCCAGAAGGCAGUGCUGUCCCGCUGCAUCGUGCUGCAGGCACGAAUGCGCCCCGAGGAGACAGGCGUGUUUCUGCGCUCCCAGCUGAGCGGUGGGAGUGAGGCCGGUCGCGUGGCAGCCCUGGGCCUGCUGGGAGUGCUGGCCCACUCUGACGCACCUGCGGCGAGAGAGAAGCUGCCCCAGGUGGUGGAGGCCACGCGCUCGUUGUGCAGUGACCCCAGUGCCCAGGUGCGGAGGGCAGUUCUGGAGUUCAGCAGGGAGCUGCUCAGCUCCGGAUCCCAGAGCUGCUGGCCAUGGGAUGUGGUGGGGCACAUCUUCAGCGAGUUCAGCCGGACCUCGGGCAGACUGGUGGCAGGAGGCCUUUUUGCCUGGGAAAACCCAGAGGAUGGAGCAAUUCGAGCCCUGUGCAUGGACAUCCUGGGCUCACUGGACGUCACUCUGAGAGGGAUGACCAAACUCCUGUGGCCGAGGCUGCUGCAGUACGUGGUGCCAGCCCAGUACAGCGGCAUGCUGAUCCCGCUCUCCCGCUGUCUCCGAGCCCUGGUUGAGAGACGGGAGAGAGCGGGCUGCGAGGAGGAGGAGGAGGAGGAGGAGCCGGGUGCCGUGGACUCCCGGGAGCAAGCCCGGCUGCCGGCUCCCCAGGCCCUGCUGGCUCGGCUGCUGGUGAGUAGCGGGGCCCUGGGGAAAGAGCUUUUCUGGCCAGGGGUGGUGGGAGAUCCCGCGGUAGAGAUGCUGGUGGUGGCGGCAGCUCCUUACCCGAGCCGCGAACGCGCAGUCGCUGCCUUGCAGCUGCUGCAGGCCCUCCGCGGCAGGAUCCACAGAGGCUUGGGGGUGGCGUGGGCGACCGAGAUCCCCCUCCUGCUGCAGUACCUGGAAGGAAGAACUGAGAGCUCGCUGGCCUCUGCAGAGUGGGAGCGCCGUGUGCUUAAGUUUCUGCGAGCGUCGCUGGAGCCCGUCGAGGACAAGGCCUGGACCGUAGGCCUGAGCCAGGAGCUGAGCCAGCGGCUGGGCAGCUCUGCUGCCGGCUCCUGGGAGAAGCUUUUCCUGUACAAGGCUCUUGGGACGGUGCUGGCAGCUUGUCAGGACCUCAGACACGUCCAAGGGCAGGUGCUGAGGUUCCUCCAGGAGACCAACCCUGUGGAGCUGUCUGAGGCCAAGGGAAUGAUUUCUGUUGUGUCCCACGCUGCCGAGAGCCACUUCUACCUGCUCUUGGGCACGCUGACUAUGUUCUCUGCCGCUUUCACCAGAGGCUGGGCCCUACCAGGCUUCCACGGGCUGGAAGAGAGAGAACUCAAGCUGCGGGGUGGGAACAACUCCCAGCCCCAGCACUCGCAGCUUGAGGAGUGGCUUGGGGAGCUGCUGGGAGGUGCCCGGGGAAACAAGGAGCUGGCGAGGGUAGAGCGGCAGCAGAGGAUGGGGAGAACGCAGACCAUUCGUGCUGCUCUCAUGCGCACCUACAGCGGCAUGGCGCUGCACGCCCCCAAGGAGCAGCUGCUCGCCUGUGUGGAUAAAGAAAUCAUGGGCAACAUCCUGAGGCUCUCCAGAGAUAAACAGAGGGACUUGCAGCUCAAGCUCGCCCUGGUGCAGAGCGUCACCGAGGUCAGUUGUGCCAUCCAGGCUGUGGGCGACUGCGGCAGCUUUGAGCUCUCCUUAAAGCAGGAGGCGACGCGGACCCUGCUGGACUGGAUAAAGAGGGAGCCCUGGGACUCCCUGGUGUAUGGAGUGUUUCAGGCCCUGGAGGAGUUGAGCAAGCUGAGGCCGCCUCUGAGCAGGAAGGAAAAUCGCAACCUGCUGGCAGUGUGCUGCCAGAGUGUUUUGUCCCAUCCUUCCAAGGAGCGGAUGAAAAAGGGAAGGAAGAGCGUGAGGGCGGCCGUGAACAUGGAGCUUCUGCACAGGAGAGGCAUGGAAGAUCUGGGCCACCUGAUAGAAACCCUUCUGGAGGCUGAGGCGACCUCUGCCUGCUUUGACGACGUGGUCCACGUCCUGAAGGGCUGGCUCACCUCAGCCAAAGCAUGGGAGCGGGAGAGAGCCCUGCGGGUUUGCACCCACGUGCUGGGCGCUUGCAAGGAGCGAUGUGAGCUCGUGAGAGGAUGUCCCUGCAAGCAGUUGGGCUCCCUGGUGGGACUGCUGGGGUCUCUGACCGGCGACUGCCUGGCCACGUGCCGCCAGAGGGCAUGGGUCUGCCUUGGCUACCUUCUCCAAAUGCACGCCAAGAGCAUGAAGGUGCCGCAGGCAGGUGAGAUCCGGUGCCUUUGUGAGGAGCUGAACAGCCCGGACACCGAGACUUUGGUGAAGACCCGUACCAAAAUAACAAAGGCUGUUUGCAGAUGCAUCCCUGCAGCGCAGGCUGUGGACUUUCUGACUGCCGUCCUGGACAGCUUGCUGCACGUCAUGCCCCCACGUGCAAGAGUAGUGUGGAAGUGGGUGUUCAUCUUCCUGGUGGAAUGCAGAAAGGAAAUAGUCCAGGAGGUGAGGAGGUUUGAGGGCACCGCAGGACCGCAAGGAUACGGGCUCAGGGGUGAACGUCUCUUCCCUUGCAGUGACACGGUGGAGCUGUGGAGGAGCCUGGGGAGAAGCAUCCUUGGGAUUCGGAUCCUGAGGUGCUUAGUGGAGAAACUAAACAGAGCAGGAAACCACCGCCUGGGGACGGACUCCUCCACUUGUAAGCGGCACAACCGUCAGACGGCUGUGGAGACUCUGACGAUCACCCGUGCCAUCUCCGAGGUGGUGCUUGCCCUGAGGAGCACGGAGGAGCUCAGGCAACUGCUUCCCCACCUCCUUCCCAGCCUCCUCAGGUGGGCCAGUGAAAUGCUGGGUGGGGAGAGGCUGCUUUUGCUCAUGAGCACCUGGAGAGAACUGUUCCUCGAGUGCCACAUGCACGUGGAGAAGCCGUGCAGGAUUUUCCUUUCAGCUCUAGAGUUGGUGCUGGGCAAAUGCAUGGCGCAGAAAUGGACGCAGCUGCUCGUGAAUCGGGGAGUGUGGGCUCGCCUGGAAGACCCCCUGGCUCACCCUGGGGGGGUGCGUCUCCUGAGCAGCGUCCUGCUCCACGCUGGGCUCGUCUCCCCCUGUCUGGUGAAGAACCUCUUGCCGUGGCUGGAUUCCUGCUCAGUUAAACUGCGGGUGACAGCUACAGCUUUCUUUGCUGAGAUCUCUCGGGGCGGCCAGGACGGACAGGGACCUCCGAGUUUCACCUAUCACACAGCCUUCGCGUGA